UGACGAAUCUCUCUAUUAAACUCAUGACAAACCUCGCACAUCAAUCUCCUCCCGUCACUCUCAAUGACCGCGGCUCCUGAUAGGGAAGGUCAUUUCCUGUCAAUUAUUGACGGUCUAGUCCUCGAAAUCGACUCCCUUUCAAACAACAUUCGUGAUCUGAAGGAGGUCUUGACUCAGAGACUCAACUUUGCCGCAGAUGAGUACGAAAAACUCGUGACUGCUGAUGGCGGUUCGUCCACCGAUUCGGCGGACCAUAUUCAGAUAGUCAAACAAAUCCGUCAACCAAUCCUUGAAACUCCUGAUCCUCCUUCUUCAUCCCUGAUCAAGAAAGUCCGGGCCGAUAUUCACAACCUUAAAAUGGCGAAUCAUCAUGGUAAUCAGAAGAUGAACGGAGCACGCUGCCCAGUGACGGGUGCAGGUGCAGAUCCUGAAGACAUGGAACUCGAUUUUACUACCUCGGGCAAACAAGGAACAUUAGGUUGUCCCUUUGCCAAGAUGGCCGCCAACGGAAAGUUGAACCCUGCCGACGGCAUCGACGACCCUGUUGCCGCCGAGUUUCAUCUAGAUGCAGCAUCGGUCAGAUCUCCCCGAACAGACUCUCGACCUGCUGGACAAUGUCCUAUUCGAUUCCUCGAUCAACAUUCGCCUGAAGAAAUUGCUCAGUAUUUUGAAAAUCAUAAACAUGAGAUACCACGAAGUCAUGAGAUCUGUGUGAGACGGUAUCAGGGUAAUGAGAACAGCGUGCGUCAAUUGGAUGCGAAGUAUGGCAAUCUCGUCAACAUGAUCCAAGGAUUGGGAGUGAAGCACAAGGCGUAUCUUCCCGAGAAGGACAGGAUUGAAGCCCAGGAUGCUCCUUCUACUUCUGACAAAGCUGUGGAAAGAUGGGCAGAAAAGGUCAAUUCCGAACUUGCCGUCGACAUCGAGCCUUCGAUGUCAGAAGAGGAGGAGGCUCGGGUCUCGCGUUUCGAUAAACCGUUGAGAGAAGUCCGAGUUGGCGAAUCGCCCAGUAGACCUUGGGGGAUUUCUGUUCCACCAGACAAGCCUCGUGCACCAAGUGCUUUACAGUCAGAAGCCGGGGGAAAGAUUCCAGCAACAAAGGCUGAACAGCCAGAGGUACUACAACCGCAACAUCCUCCUGCCAUCUGUCCUGUGGACCACUCGAAACUGAACAACCAAGACAAGAAACCCAACAUCCCUACCGAGGAGAAGCACGAGGAGAAAAUUCAUCAACCACCAACACAGAUCAUUUUCAAUGGUCCUGUCUUCUUUGGCUAUUCAGCCGAACAGGUCGCGAUGCUUUUACAGAGUGGUAAUCUGGGCAAGAUGAACCCGGGUACAACAUGAUCCCAAGAGCUGGGUGAUUUGUAUUUCAUGUAAUUGAUAGUUUGUAACAUUGUAGCGUUCUGAGCGACUUUAACGAAGGAAAUGAUAUCUACUGUACACCAAGUUUAAACAAAGGUCAAGAC